UGGAGAGUGAAGAGAAGACUCUUCGAAAAGAGAUCAGCUACGCCAUCAAGAACAUCCACGGGAUCAGGACGGGUCUGUUCACACCUGACAUGGCGUUCGAGACCAUCGUGAAGCGUCUGAUCGCUCAGAUCAAAGAGCCGUGUCAGAAAUGUGUCGACCUGGUGAUCAGCGAGCUGGUCAACACCGUCAGGCAGUGUACUCAGAAGCUUGCUCAGUUUCCGAUGCUCAGGGAGGAGAUGGAGAGAAUCGUCACCCAACACAUCAGAGACCGAGAGAACCGCACCAAAGACCAGGUGCUGCUGCUGAUCGACAUCGAGCUGGCGUACAUCAACACCAACCACGACGACUUCAUCGGCUUCGCCAA